UUCCAGAAUCUCGUACAGCGACACCGGUACAUGGAUGCUCCUGAGCGCGAGCGCUAUGGAGUCCCAACUGGCACUAUUGAACGCAUUCUUCACGUCGAGCGUGACGAUUGCGCAAUAGCGUAUUCCCCUUCUCUUGCGCUGGAUUGCUACCUCCGCCGUCUUGAUGACGGAAGAGAUUGUGUCCAGCGUGGACCUGCCCUUCCCGAAGCCGAACUGGUUACUUGCCAGAUCGUGUACACCCUCCGUGUACCUCACCAGUCUGUUGAGGAUGAUCCUCUCAAGCACCUUGCCCGCGGUGUCCAGCAGGCAGAUAGGCCUACAUUCUAUUUUUCAGCAGGAUUCGCAGCCCAUAUGAGAGAACACAUUGCCUCACAGAAUACUGUUUGUGUUUGUACGACUAAAAAUAAUGUAAAUCAGUCUAAUAUAAGCAUAUCUUCUAAUAAUAUCUACACAAAAUCAAUUAUCUCUACUGCGUCGACUAACAACCUAACACAAUUCACUUGCUGUGAAUGCUGUUGCUGCAACUGCGUUGAUGCUCUAGCAAGUGGAGUUAAUAAGAUGAGCAUAAAUAACACAAACGUACGAAAAAUUACAACUAAACCACUUAGUCCCCAAACUACGAGUGAGGAUUUCAAGAUAUAUCUAGCAAACAUCCAGUUCCUACAAAACGCUUCGAACCUACUUUCACAAGAUUAUAUUCAAAAUCUACGGUAUAUCUUUGAAAAGAGUUACUAUAGAUCUAAGAUAGCUGAAGAUCACUUGUUACCAUUUGUUAAAAAUAAAUUUCCUAAUUUGACUACAGUUCACGAUGUAUUGAGCCAAGGGUCCGUAAAAUUCUCCAAGAGCACUGUUUCGGAGUCAGCAGAUACUGAUGAAGAUAUAUUGACAGAUGAGGAACAAAAAAAAAUGAUUCUUAAGAUUCAUCAAGAAUUUUGGGAUCUGCCUACCAACUACCAAGAGAAGCCGAUGGUUUUUGGAUCGCAAUCCAAAAAUCGCUAUAGAACAGUUUUACCUAACGAAAAUUCCAGGCUAAUCCUCGAAGCGGAAUUUGGAAUGAUGAAUGAACCCUAUAUUAAUGCAAAUUUAAUAAAGGGACCGGAUUAUAUGAAUAAUAAUUAUAUUGCGACUCAAGGACCGAUGAAUAAUACAAUAUAUGAAUUUUGGUUAAUGGUGUACCAAAAUAUAACGAAAACAGCAAUUCAGCAUGGCGUGAAGAUAUUAGAAGUUGAACAAAAAAUUGUUAUGCUUACUGAUUUUGUUGAAAAUAAUAGGCAGAAGUGCUCAAUUUAUUUUCCUCUUCAGUGCAAUGAAGCGUUAUUAUUUAGUAACACAAUGAAUUUUGAUUCAAAACUUUAUUCAAGUAGUUAUACUACUAUCGUUGAGGAGACUCUGGCUAACUUGGAAACAACAGUAUUUACACCAACUAUCUUUGAAAAUUAUUUUUUAAUUACCAACUUGGGUAUAUGUCAUAAAAAUGGAUACACCAUGCGCAAAUUAUUAGUACUUUAUGGGUAUCAACGAAAAUGCGAAAUGCUGGAGAGCCGCAAUGCCUUUAUUGUUUAUCACUAUUGGUUUCCAGAUUGGCCAGAUCAUCGCUCCCCAGAUGACAUAGAUGUUUUAUUGGAUAUGAGUUUAGAUAUACUAGAUCGAGAUUGCUCUAUAAAUUUUAAGAAUAAUACAAAUAUUACAAUGUCGAACAAAAUUUGUACUUUACCAAUUAUACAUUGUUCUGCAGGUAUCGGAAGAACGGGUUGCUUACUUGCUAUUCUUAACGGACUAAGCCAAAUGCGUCUUUCCUUUAACAACAGCAGAGCCGAAAUAGAAUAUUCAAAUGAUUUUGGAGUGAACUCUAUGUUAGUCACGGCGACAGUUGACGAAGACCAACAACCGUCUUUGGUUUGGAAAAAACGUGGAGGAGUCUGUGUCGAUAUACUUGGAAUUGUAUGCAACCUGAGACUUCAGAGAGGUGGUAUGGUUCAGAAUUCUGAGCAAUAUGAGUUGAUUCAUAGAGCAUUAUGUCUAUAUUUGCAAAAGCUAGGUGUUUAGUUUCGAAGAAUAACUUUUGGUUAAUUAGAAAAGGAAUCGUGUAUUUGUGAAUAAUUUGCCAAAGAACAAAACAAGUACAAGCAUAAAAGAAGUAAAACAAUCUGCUUCAGUAUCAGAGACGAGAUUAUAUUGAAUUUAUUCAUUGUGCAAUAUUAACGUAUAAUUGCAACAUAUGAAAAAAAAAACAGAAAACGAUUGCAUUGUCUUUUGCAGUUUAACGAUUAUUAUAUACUACUUGUAUUGAAA